UCAAUUUGUACGUGAUCUAGACAACAUACUGCAGAACUGUUGUAAUCACUGUGGUGUAGUAGAACUUUGUAAAGCAAUUCAGUUACAGUCCGAGUCGUCCUGCGUGCAAGUCGAGUCGCAAGUUUCGCGCCAGAAGUAGGGUACUGACCCAAGGUCGACGGGGUAAAAUUGUUAAAGCAGAUCUUAGCGAAGCAAAAAUCGUAGAUUGGACCUUGACAUUGACCAUCGUCAAUAUCAUCAAACGGAAGUAAUAGUGAGGAAUCAUUGAUGCGUUUCUCGAUUGAAUAAAAAAAAACAAGAGUGGAGUAGAAUUUUAGAACGGAGUUAUUGGGAAUCAUGUCGAAAGAGACGAAAAACGUUGAAUCAUGCCAUCAGCCGAAACAGACGACGGUGGCUGCCGGGAAAGAUCCACAGCCAAUUCGACCGCAAUGGACCGGUUCGAGCAAAUCCGAAGUCAACAACUACAUCUUCGGCAACAUGAAGGACAGCCUGUCGGAUGUGGCCGCCCAAACGGUGGCCGGUUCGACUCUGCCCCUGGUCGGGAUGCCCCGCGAGGACGAAGAAGCUGGAUCGUACAACCCGUUUGAGCACCGAAAGCUAACCCAUCCGACCUCGGACGUGGAUACGCUGGUGCAUCUGCUCAAGGGUUCUCUCGGAUCAGGAAUCCUGGCGAUGCCGUUGGCCUUUCUGCACGCUGGUCUAUGGUUUGGGCUGGGAGCUACACUUGCUAUCGGUGCCAUCUGUACCUACUGUAUUCACAUUCUAGUUAAGUGCUCGCACAUCCUCUGCCGGAGGGCGCAGAUUCCUUCGCUGGGUUUUGCGGAUGUGGCAGAAACGGCCUUCCUAGCUGGACCGGAUGGAGUCAAGAAGUAUUCGCGACUGGGCCGAUUCAUCAUCAAUCUGUUCCUGGUGCUGGAUCUGAUGGGAUGCUGUUGCAUUUAUAUCGUGUUCGUGGCCACCAACGUAAAACAGGUGGUGGACUACUACACCCACAGUCACUAUGAUGUUCGGUACUACAUUUUGGUGUCGUUGAUUCCUCUGAUAUUGAUCAACUUGAUCAGGAAACUGAAGUAUCUCACACCAUUCUCGAUGAUCGCGAACAUUCUGAUCGGAGCGGGCGUUGGCAUCACGCUGUACUACAUUACGACGGACCUGCCGGCAUUUUCGGAGCGCAAGGGCGUGGCCGAUGUGCACCACAUGCCAAUGUUCUUCGGCACGGUCAUCUUCGCCCUGGAGGGAAUCGGUGUAGUGAUGUCGCUGGAGAACAACAUGAAGACACCGCAGAACUUCAUCGGCUGCCCCGGAGUGCUCAACAUCGGAAUGACGGUGGUUGUGGUGCUGUACGCUCUGGUCGGAUUCCUCGGUUAUCUGAAGUACGGCGAGGACACCAAGGGCAGUGUGACGCUGAACCUGCCAGUGGAGGAUAUCUUGGCUCAGUUGGUCAAAAUCAUGAUUGCCGUCGCCAUUUUCUUGACCUACUCGCUACAGUUCUACGUUCCAAUGGAGAUUAUCUGGAAGAACGUGCAGCACAACUUUAAUGAACAUAAGAACGCAGCUGAAUAUGGUAUUCGUAUUGGACUUGUGGCCAUCACCGUGUUCAUAGCGGCUGCCCUGCCCAACAUUGGACCGUUUGUGACGCUGAUCGGAGCCGUAUGUCUCAGCACGCUCGGCAUGAUGUUCCCGGCCGUCAUCGAACUGGUCACCUUCUACGAGAAACCUGGCUACGGACGCUUCAACUGGAUCCUGUGGAAGAACAUUUUCCUGAUCCUGUUCGGCGUGGUCGGCUUCAUCACCGGUACCUACGUUAGUAUCGAGGAGUUCUCGCAGCAUCUGGAGGAAGUAUAAAAGAAGACUCGGCCCAUUUAGUAACGGGCGUAUUGGGUUCACUUCCAGUCCUCGCCGAAUCAAGUGUGAGGCAUGGAAGUGCGCGCAGUAUAAGAUCGGAAGUGCACGUGGUGGUGUCCCGAAUCUCCUCCUUUUUAUUCCUGGCGCUGCGGCGCCCCGGGAAAACAGAACCCACGCGAAACUGGUUCUCGUGAGCAACCUGGGAGACCUGAGGAACCUUCUCCAUACCGCUCUAAAGCCAGUAUCGUUACCUGGAACCAUUCGGGGGCAUCAAAUGCACGUGACACUUCUACCCAGUUGUGCUUCCUUUAUGGGAAGCGUUAAUUUAUUUGUUACAUUGAAAGUUGUAUUCAAAAAAUUCUAGACUAAAGUUAGAAAAAGUUGAAAAAAAGUUGUUCGAAUCAGAUUCGGUAUUAGUUUUUAAUUCUUUCACCAAAACAAUCUUUUUAAUAAAAAAAGCCCAUAGAACAGAAUUUCAUUAGUCUUAAACGUAAUGAUGGUAGCUGAGUUUUUAGAUGUAGAACCGAAACAAUUGUGAUUUUGAACCUAUCUCUAAUAUUUUAUUACCACAUAAGGCCUAACUGAGUUUCAUUUAUUUAUAACCAAGCAAACGCUAGUGAAAACUGGAACAAUAGACAAGGAAACAAAGUCGACGAAAAACAUUCUCGAAUCUUUGAAUACACACAAAAUUGAAACAGCUCAUAACGAGACAACCAUAUCGAACUUAUUGGAAAAGUUUUGCAAACUCAAAAUCAUCCACAAUCUUACUGUGAAUUUAGGACCUAAAAAUUUGACGCCAACGUCUUCCAAACGCCACCCAAAGCCAGUUGCUUUGAGUAACGACAAAAAAACAAAUGAAUUUGACAUUACAACAAACAAAAAAAAAAGCUUUAAAUUUGAAACCAGAUGCUGAACUCAUGAACUGAAAUGUUCCUAGUAUUUUAUACAAUGCUUUUACCGUAUAAAUGGUCUGUGAACAUUAGGUUAUCGGGGCUACCGGGAUGGGAUCUCCACUUGAGGGCUGUUGAAACUAGUAACCGAAACGCUGAGAAAAUGGAAAUGUUAAACAUUCAAAAUUACACAACCAGAAAUAUUUAACCAUGCAUGGCAGAUUUGAAGAGAGAGCGAUUAGUUUGAUAGUAGUACAUAAAGCAGAUAGUAAGAUAAGUUAUGUUCACUGUUAUGGUGUGAGAUAUGUCGGAACACCACAUUUGCGGAAGUGAUUCAUCUAAAUAAACUAUUGAUUCAA